AUGGCGCCGAUCGCGCUGGCAGCUCGAACGCCUGCCCUCCUCCGAAACACCACUCGAAAGGUCCCAAUUCCUGCCGCACACUCUCUCAGGACCUUCACAGCCGCAACGCCCAAUGCCUCUGCCAGGUUACAGGUCCAGGCCAAACAGCUUGUUCAGAAGCGCAACUUUCUGAGCAGCGCCCGCUGUCUGGCGGCCGCGGCCACCCAGUCUGCGCCGAACCCCCAGGCGUACCUUGAGAGCGGCGUGGUCAAGCCCAAGGAGACUGUGGACGUCAAGAAGGUCCUCGUCAUUGGAUCUGGUGGUCUUGCAAUUGGCCAAGCUGGAGAGUUCGACUACUCAGGAUCUCAGGCUCUGAAAGCCCUGAAAGAAGCCGGAGUCUCCUCUGUGCUGAUCAACCCCAACAUUGCAACCAUCCAGACGAACCAUUUCAUAGCGGAUGAGAUAUACUACCUUCCGGUCACACCUGAAUAUGUCACGUACGUUAUCGAGCGUGAGCGACCCGAUGGCAUCUUCCUCUCCUUUGGUGGGCAAACGGCCCUGAACCUGGGUGUCCAGAUGCAGAAAAUGGGCACCUUUGAGAAAUAUGGUGUCAAGGUUCUGGGAACCAGUGUUCGAACCCUCGAGCUCAGUGAGGAUCGCGAUCUCUUUGCGAGGGCCUUGGAUGAGAUCAACAUCCCCAUCGCGAAAUCCAUCGCUGUCAACACGAUCGAGGAAGCGCUGGAUGCAGGAAAGAGCAUAGGCUACCCAUUGAUUGUCCGCGCGGCCUACGCACUGGGCGGUCUCGGAUCAGGUUUCGCCAACAACGAGGAGGAGCUCCGCAACAUGGCUGCUCGCUCACUGACGCUGUCCCCGCAAAUUCUGGUGGAGAAAUCUCUUAAGGGCUGGAAAGAGGUCGAAUACGAGGUCGUCAGAGACGCGAACAACAACUGCAUUACUGUGUGCAACAUGGAGAACUUCGAUCCAUUGGGUAUUCACACUGGAGACUCCAUUGUGGUCGCGCCUAGUCAGACACUCAGCGACGAGGAGUAUCACAUGCUCCGUUCGGCAGCCAUCAAGAUCGUUCGCCACUUGGGUGUCGUUGGCGAGUGUAACGUCCAGUACGCUCUGCAGCCAGAUGGCCUGGACUACCGUGUGAUCGAGGUCAACGCUCGUCUCUCUCGAUCUUCUGCUCUUGCAUCAAAAGCAACGGGCUACCCGUUAGCUUAUACUGCGGCUAAGAUCGGUCUUGGACACAGCUUGCCUGAGCUCCCCAAUGCCGUGACAAAGACGACUACUGCAAACUUCGAGCCUUCUCUCGACUAUAUCGUCACCAAGAUUCCUCGGUGGGAUCUUGCCAAGUUCCAACAUGUGAAGCGCGACAUUGGCAGUUCUAUGAAGUCCGUUGGAGAGGUUAUGGCUAUUGGCCGGACCUUCGAGGAAUCAUUCCAGAAGGCUAUCCGUCAGGUCGACCCCAAAUUCGUCGGUUUCCAGGGUGACAAAUUCGAGGACCUGGACUUUGAGCUUCAGAAUCCCACUGAUCGUCGAUGGCUCGCCGUUGGUCAAGCCAUGCUUCACGAGAACUAUUCCGUCGAGAAGGUUCACGAGCUGACCAAGAUUGAUAAGUGGUUCUUGUACAAGCUGCAAAACAUCGUCGACAUGUCCAAGGAGCUCCAGGAAAUUGGCAACCUCGAUGGUCUUAAGAAGGACAUCGUUCUCAAGGCCAAGAAGUUGGGUUUCUCGGACCGGCAGAUCGCAGACGCCGUCAACAGCACCGAAGACAAGGUGCGGAGUCUUCGUCUGGAGUUCGGUAUCAGGCCGUGGGUCAAGAAAAUUGAUACUCUUGCGGCCGAGUUCCCUGCAGACACAAACUACCUCUACACCACUUACAACGCCUCAACCCACGACGUUACAUUUGAAGACAACGGAACUAUCAUCCUGGGCAGCGGAGUGUACCGUAUCGGUAGCUCUGUGGAGUUCGAUUGGUGUGCUGUGAGCGCCACACAAGCUCUGCGCAAGAUGGGACACAAGACCGUGAUGAUCAACUACAACCCAGAAACCUACUCGACCGAUUUCGAUACUGCCGACAAGCUGUACUUCGAAGAGCUGUCCUAUGAGCGGGUCAUGGACAUCUACGAGCUCGAAAACUCCAGUGGUGUCGUCGUUUCGGUUGGCGGACAGCUUCCCCAGAACAUCGCUCUUCGCCUCCACGAGACCGGGAAGGCCAACGUUCUUGGGACGAGCCCCGUCCAGAUUGACAAGGCUGAGGACCGUCAAAAGUUCUCCGCGAUCUUGGACAGCAUCGGCCUUGACCAACCUGCAUGGGCUGAGUUGAAAUCUGUUGCGGAGGCCGAGGAGUUUGCGAACAAAGUCGGAUACCCUGUUCUCGUCAGGCCCUCCUACGUCCUGUCUGGAGCUGCGAUGACUGUGAUACGGAGCAAGGACGAGCUUAAGGAAAAGCUAGAGGCUGCCAGCAACGUGUCGCCCGACCACCCUGUGGUGAUUUCCUCCUACAUUGAGGGAGCCCAAGAAAUUGACGUCGACGCAGUCGCAUCUGAGGGCAAGCUCAUCAUUCACUCAGUCUCAGAACACGUCGAGAAUGCUGGCGUCCACUCCGGUGAUGCGACUCUUGUUCUACCUCCCCACACUCUCGACGACAAGGUAAUGGCACGGGUCAAGGAAAUCGCCGAGAAGGUUGCAAAGGCUUGGAAGAUCACUGGCCCAUUCAACAUGCAGAUCAUAAAAGCCGACAGUCCUGAAGGCGGCGAACCUCAACUGAAGAUCAUCGAAUGCAACCUGCGUGCCUCUCGAUCCUUCCCCUUCGUCAGCAAGGUUCUCGGAACAAAUUUUAUCGACGUGGCUACCAAGGCGCUCGUCGGUGAGCAGGUACCAGAGCCCACCGACCUGAUGGCUGUCAAGCGCGACUACCUUGCCACCAAGGUCCCACAGUUCUCAUGGACGCGUCUCGCCGGUGCCGACCCUUACCUGGGGGUCGAAAUGAGUAGUACGGGAGAGAUGGCUUGCUUCGGUAAGGACCUUGUGGACGCGUACUGGGCUUCCAUGCAGAGUUCGAUGAACUUCCGCAUGCCCGAGCCUGGUGAGGGUCUUCUCUUCGGCGGCGAGCUGAAGAAGGAGUGGCUUACCAAGAUUGUCGACUACCUCUCUCCUCUCGGUUACAAGUUGUUUGCUGCGGACAACGAGGUGAAGCAAUUCAUCGAGUCGACGUCCAAGAACAAGGUGACCGUUGAAGUUAUCGAAUUCCCCAAGGAGGACAAGCGGGCCCUUCGUGAGGUGUUCAAGAAGUAUGACAUCCGCGGUGUGUUCAACCUUGCCCUGGCCAGGGGCAAGACAGUAAUGGACGUCGAUUAUGUAAUGCGGCGGAAUGCUGUCGACUUUGGCGUGCCACUGUUCAUGGAGCCACAGACUGCGAUCCUGUUCGCCCAGUGCAUGAGCGAGAAGCUGCCUCGGCCCGAAGGCAUCCCGUCCGAGGUCCGCCGUUGGUCGGAAUUUCUCCAGGGCAAGCCUUUGUAG